AUGAGCACAGCGACGCUUCAGACGCCGCAGCAACAGCCGCCGCAGCGAGCGUCCUCAGCUCAAGGCCAUAGACAGUACCUACGAACCAGCAACCCUCAAAACACCCGCAGCGCCUCCCAUCCUCAUCCCAGUCGUCAAUACGAUAGGGAACAGAUCCAGAAAUAUGUCGAUCCAACUCAGUCCAAGGGAGAGGAGGAGGUCAUGUCUCCGGAGGAAGUCUCCAAACCCCCAGAAGAAAAGAAGCUUGGCCAGUCAUCCCGCACCCUCAAGGUCACCGACUUUGAGCUGAUGCGGACGCUUGGAACAGGUACCUUUGCGCGUGUAUGGCUGUGCCGGUUUGCCAAUCCUCAUCCCGAGGACAGGGACAAGGUGUUUGCGCUCAAGGUCUUGAAAAAGGUGGAUGUCAUCAAAUUGAAACAGGUUGAGCACGUCCGAAACGAGCGAGAUGUCCUCGCUGCCGUCGCUGGACACCCAUUCAUUACUACCCUCAUUGCAUCAUUCUCGGACGAGACGUCGCUGUACAUGCUGCUGGACUAUACCCCUGGCGGAGAGAUCUUUUCCUAUCUGAGGCGGGCACGUCGCUUCCCCUUUGCAACCGUCCAAUUCUACGCAGCCGAAAUCACUCUGAUAUUGGCCUACCUCCACGAGGUGCAAUUUGUGGCGUAUCGAGAUCUCAAACCCGAAAAUAUCCUCCUCGAUGUUGAUGGCCACCUCAAACUUGUCGACUUUGGGUUUGCCAAGUACUUACCACCGAGUCCUGAUCAGCAUGGCGAGAAUGGCCAGAGUGCCACUCUUGAGAAGCUGGGCACAGAGCAUCCCGAGCCUCAGGCCAAUGGAGCGGGCGUCACAUAUACCCUAUGCGGCACACCUGAGUAUCUCGCACCCGAAGUUAUACGAAACACCGGCCACGGAACCGCGGUCGACUGGUGGGCGCUGGGGAUUUUGGUCUACGAAAUGUUGAUUGGCCAACCACCUUUCUGGGACCAAAACCCAAUGCGCAUCUAUGAGCAGAUUGUUGCUGGCCACAUUCGCUUCCCCACUGCGCACCCGUCUCAACAUGGACAUCGUCAUAGCCUUCACGUGCCCAGGGCUGCACGAGACUUUAUUCUUGCGCUGUGCAAGACCGAUCCCACACAGCGACUCGGGCACAUUGCUGGUGGAAGCAAGAGAGUGAUGCAACACUAUUUCUUUGACGGCAUUGAUUGGGAUGAGAUAUACUACCGGAAGAGGCGAGGUCCGAUUAUACCCAGGGUCGAAUGGGCUGGGGACGCGGGCAACUUUGAUGAAUACCCCGACCCUGUUGAAGGUGAAGAGAGUGAGGGCGGAAGAGGGAGGUACACGGAUGGACUGCGGGAAGAGUGGGAAGACGCGUUCAAGGACUUUUAG